CGUACCGCAGCAGCACACGGAAGUCAACCCGAGCCGACGCCGCGCAGCCCUCAAUCCACCACACCCAAGAAGCCUAGUGGGAGCUAGGAGUAGCUAGAUCUGUGAGCGCCGCCCGCUGCGAGAGCACCAUUGCUCGCUGCUGCUACUGCAGUGGGUUUCCCAAGACUCGUUCCAGCAGCAAAGGACAACACCACCUUCUUGCCAGGAGUGCGCUCGCAACGCGCCUUCAGGGAGCACCUCACAGCGCGCGCUAGGCCAGGAGGCGCAGGCACGCUCUCAAGAGGCCUCGCCACCUUCCGCCUGAGUGUUGAAAGGAGGCACAGCAGCAGCAACAACCUCUGCUGGCAUGCUGGCCAACGGCGGAACAAUGAUCAACCCGGCAGCAGCAGCAGCAGCAGCCGGAGGAGCGGGGGGGGACAUGCUCUCCCACCCGGAUGACCGACGAAAUCUCGCCGCACCUUCUUCUUCUUCCGGGGGUGGGGCCAAGAUACCGGCUCCAACCACAUCAUCAUCGCCCCUUCGGAAGACAGCGGACGAUGAGCGGUCUUCUCCUCCUAAGGCCGGCGACGGUGGCGCAGCGGGCGCUGCUGUAUCAUCAUCGUCGUCGUUAUCAGCGAAGCGGCCAGGGCAGUCGAAGAAGGAGGGCGGUGGAGACGGUGGCAACAGCAACAGCAGCAGGGCGACCACCGAUGCCGCCAGCAGCCACGCCAACAGCAAAUCACCGACUGCUGGCGAGGCGGCAACAGCAGAUGCUGCUGCUGCUGCUGCUGCUGCUGCUGCUGCUGCUGCUGCGUCGAAGGAAAGGAUUCACGACCAUUACAGCAGCAGCACCGCUGCUUCCGCCACCACUAACCCGUCAACAACUCAGCGGCACGAUGAUGCACGAGAGUCAAGCAACGGUGACCAGCCGUCGGCCAACAUCAAGCCCGCAGGGGAAGGGCAGACGGAUGCCACCCCGGCAGCAAUAGCGGGGCUCCCCGCAGAAUCCGAUCCCGGUCAGACACGCGACAUCGCUGCUGCUGUUGGCGGUGUCGACAAGAAAUCAUGGGCCACCACCCCGAAGCAAGCGGCCGCAGCGGCAGGGGAGAGCAACAACAACAAGCACAAGCCGCCGCGGCUCGCAGGCAGGCCGCCUGCUGUCGUGGGGGCGGCGGUAGCGGCGGCGGCGGCGGCAGCGGCGGCGGUACCGACAGCGGCGAUAGGAGAGCCUUGUUCCUCCUUGAUGGCGAAACGGUUCCCUCAGGAACAGCGGCGGCAAGAAGAGGAGGUGGUUGGAAGCCCGAGCACCCCGCCGCAGCAACGGGAGCAGAAAGAGCGGGACGGAGGAGGGAUUGCUGGGAUGGACGUCGAUCAGGGCGAGUCGGGUGGAGCGCAGCAGCAGCAGCAGCAUCAGCAGCAGCAGCCCGGGGGCGACGCAGAUGCGGGUCCGUUUUCAUCCCCAUCCAGCGUGCUAGAGGACCCCCCCCUGGGGGAGGGAUGGGAUGAGCACGGGAACGACCUCUCCAAGGCUGCUAAUGACACACGGGAGAGGCUUCUGACAGAGGCUAACGAGGAGAUCAGGAGGUCCAAAAACCUAAUGGAGGGCUUCAAGGAGGACGUUAACCGCAUGAAUACGAGACACACGAGAGGUAACGCGAAGGGGAACAUCGUGGACGACCCCUGGCUCACGUCUUCCACGUCGUCCAAGGCCAACGGGAACGGGAAGAGACCGCUUUGCGCCAUAUCCCUGGUCCUAGAGGACGACGCUCUCUCGGAGGACAUCGACUUCCUCAGAUACUCGGACCGUGAGAGAGGUGGAGGCGGAGACGGCGGCGGCGGCGGCGGCGGCGGCGGCGGCGGCGGCGGCGGUAGCAGCGGUCACGGGGGCGGUGGUGGGAGCGGCUACACCUCGUACUCGGAGAACGGUCGGGCACGCCGCCCGCCGGGGUGGCGAAGGGACGAGUGACGACGGGACGCCGGCAUGGGACACGAUGGUCGUGGUUGGAGGUAGCUUUUACAGCUGUUUUGGGCUGUUUUUGUACCGUAGGUGUCAGCCUUUCAGUCAGUCACCCGGUGGAUCAUCGAGUCUGGAUGGAUUUGUUGGUAGUAGGAAGGGGGGCGCUGGUUUGUCGGGCUCGGCCUCAAAUGUUCCACGGGCCUCGGAGGACGCCUAUCUUCUUCUCUUGGCCUUGUGGAAUUGGAUUGGGGGGCAAAUCAAGGCACGAAGAGGUGUGUGACUGUAUGUCUUGUCCCGGGUCGAGCCCUGUCUGAAACAUGUGCACGCCUGGACCGACGACCCUUUCUAUCUGCCGGACUUUGAGUAACUUGGCAUGGAUUUUGUCGAAAGCCGUUCGUUCGUGAUACAGCCCGGCAGCAUAUGCUUGUCGCUUGUCUAUAUUGACAAAUCACCCCGUUUUGAGGGUAGGGGGGAGGAGUUUCCGGGGGGGGGGUAGAGCCGGGCCAAGUACCCAGCUGAGCAGCGUCGUUGCAUUUGAUACCGGGGUGUUUGUUCUCCCGGCAGCUAGUCGACGCACGCACGCAGACAGACAGACAGACAACAAGAGGCGCUCUCUUCCUCUUCAACCCUCAAACCCAUCUCCAGCGGGUAUAUACCAUCGUGGUCGCUUUCGAAAGCUGGUAGGUGCUGGACGAGGAGGAGAGAGAUGGUGUCUUCGGAAUGGGAACGAUUCCCCGGGGUCUCCUUUCUUUAUUUUUUCCUAUGCGUGCGUACCCGGGUUUUACCGGCAUAUCAUCAUGUAUCGUAUCGCGGCGAGACGUAACAGCGCGUAGCGACCGGACAGUUGGCGGACGGGUGCAAGUGUCAGCAGGAGCGGGGGCGNCGAAGACGAUUCCUCCGCUCUUCGCACUCGUGGCGAGCCUUCAGCAGCAGGGGGUGGGGGGGGGGGGGGGGGGGGGGGGGGGGGGGGGGGGGGGGUACCAUCGUAAGUCCUCAGUCGCUCGCAAUGGAUUCGAGUGUGUAAGUACUACUUUUAUGUCGGAUGUAGACGUGUGGCCGAGGGGGGAGCGCUGGGUUACGGGGGGUGGCCUCGGCAGCGCGGAGUGGCAACAAAUGGGAAGGGGGGGGGGAGGUACCUAUACCCCCGUUAACCCCCGUUGGUGAGGUGAUAGAUAUUGAUAGCAGUCAUCCAACGAAAGAAACUAUCAGGUAGGAAUUACAUCGAUCGGCCACAGAGAGAGGUUACCCGGGAUAGAUGCGUGUCUCGACAGGUCUGGCGAUGGAGACCUCCUUGUCCGCGAGGUGUGAUUGAUUCUUCUUGUCACAGAUGUUCUCGGACGACAUAGUAGCCAUGUUUUGCACUGAUAGGGGAGCUUGUUCUGACGUNGGGGGGGGGGGGGGGGGGGGGGGGGGGGGGGGGGGGGGGGGGUCAGCAGGCUGACUAUCGAGUGUCGGUUGUACGGCAGUACACUGAAGAGUAGGAGUUCGAUGUCGAUCUCGCUGGCGUGUGGUCGGUCGGUUCUUUUUUUGGCUCCCUCGUUCUCCCUGUCGUUUAAAAGCAGAGGCGUGUAUACAGCGUGGAGAGUGUGGUUGGAAACCACCCCCCAAGCAUACGAUCAAAGUUGGAGGUAGAAGGAAGGACAGCUCAAAAGGUGAUCCCCAUGGCCUUAUCUUCCGUAUGGCGAUGCCCUUCCGCGCGUGGAUUGGGCGAAAAGAAGACCGUUCGUGUUUACUUGAGUUUCGCAUUGGGGGCGGCUGUAGUCCCGCGGCGCCGCUCAUUUUUUUACAUCUCUUAUACAUAGUUGAUGGGUGCCACGCACACAUUUAGCAGUAACGGCGGCGGCGGGACUUUUAUUGUUAACGUUCUCAUUGUUGUCGUUUUAUUUCGAGACGAGGCAUCUUAAUUGUGAGGGGGGCAGGGGGGUUCGUUGUGUUUUUUCUGUGGUUUCGGCCAGACGAGGUAGAUCCAAGAACGAUUGAUUCUUUCUAGAUGCCUAAAGCUGUCUCUCCCUGCACCUUCUUCUCCUUCGUGGGAGGAAAAGCGGCGGAAUCGCUAGGAUGUUAGCGCUGAGCACAACCGCCCUAUUUUUCGCAUCUACAUCAAGCGUUUUUAACUAUGUAGCGUUGGCUCGACUCGUGUGUUAUCUCAAUCUUAUUUCGGGUGGCGGUGAAAUAUAUCUUAUGCUUGUCUCUGUAAUUCUGGGAAAAGGUGAGGUCUUCGUCUCCGAAACGUCGUGCGCAUCAAGUAGCUUAAGUUUGGCGUGGCGCCCUCUUGCUGGUGGUGGUCGUGGUGGACGUGGGCAGGUUUGACGCUGCAUCCUCUGCACAUUCUCGCCUAUGUCAAGCAAGUUGUCGUCCGGCGAUGGGCAAGCGGUGGGGGGGGGAAAGGGGGGCUUUUUUACGCGUGCCUGCCUGCUCUUGUUGUGUCUCCCUCAUCUGUAGAAUAUCUCUCUCGGUAUUCUCCGGUGUCGCCUCACAUGCAGGAGUAACACCGCGUGAGCGUGAUGUGCUAGAUGGUGUCGAUGUAUUGAUGUGCGGUGACCGUUGUGUGCUCGCAGAACAUGGUAGGUUAGUGUCACCGUGCGUGCGUGGG